CCCUCAGUAACAAUUCUGUGUCCCUCAGUAACAAUUGCUGUGUCCCUCAUAACAAUUCUGUGUCUGUCCCUGAGUAACAAUUCUGUGUCCCUAAGUAACGUUUCUGUGGCCCUAAGUAACGGUUCUGUGUCCCUCAGUAACAAAUCUGUGUCCCUCAGUAACAAUUCUGUGUCCCUCAGUAACAAUUCUGUGUCCCUGAGUAACAAAUCUGUGUCCCUCAGUAACAAUUCUGUGUCCCCUGAGUAACAAUUCUGUGUCCCGCAGUAACAAUUCUGUGUCCCUCAGUAACAAUUCUGUGUCCCUGAGUAACAAUUCUGUGUCCCUGAGUAACAAUUCCUGUGUCCCUCAGUAACAAUUCUGUGUCCCUGAGUAACAAUUCUGUGUCCCUAAGUAACGUUUCUGUGGCCCUAAGUAACGUUUCUGUGGCCCUAAGUAACGAUUC